GGGGCGGGGACUCAAUUACCCGGGAGAUUUAAGCGCCGCGGGCACCUGGGACGGGUUGAGAGGCGGAUUACAAGAAACGUUUUAAGUGGAAACGCCCUGCUUUCGUCGCUGUGUGUUGCCUUCCCGGCUCUAAGAUGCCAACCACAAACGAGCAAGAACGGAUGAAGAAAUUUAAAAAUAAAGGAAAAAAUGCAGACGAAAUGAGAAGACAGCGAGUAGAAGUCUCAGUUGAACUUCGUAAGGCCAGGAAAGAUGAACAGAUCUUGAAGCGAAGGAACAUCUCUUUUACCGUGGAAGACAGCCUGUCUCCAGAGAAAGAUGACAGGAACCUGGUUGCUGAACUUUCUUUGGAAGAGAUAAUCAAUGCUAUAAACUCAGACAGCUUUCAGUUGCAUUUGAAGGCAGCUCAGUCAGCCAGGAAAAUGCUUUCUAGGCAGAAGAAUCCGCCCAUCAAUGAAGUCCUCAGAGCUGGGAUUGUACCAAAACUGGUGUCCUUCUUGGGUCGUCACGAUGCCCCCAACUUGCAAUUCGAGGCUGCCUGGGCGCUCACAAACAUCGCUUCCGGCACGUCGGACCAAACCAGAGCGGUUGUGGAGGUCAAUGCCAUACCGGCUUUCAUAGCCCUCUUGGAAUCGCCGCAUAUGCACAUCUGUGAGCAGUCCGUGUGGGCGCUUGGGAACAUAGCAGGUGAUGGCCCCAUGUACAGAGAUUCUCUGAUCCAGCAGCAGGUGAUCCCACCUCUCCUGGCUCUGGUGGCACCAACUACUCCUGUGGGCUUCCUGAGGAACGUCACAUGGACACUGUCCAACCUCUGCAGGAACAAAAACCCCUGGCCUUCUCUGGAAGCCGUGAAGCAGAUCCUCCCUGCCCUGAUCUGUCUCCUCCAACACGAAGACAAGGACAUCAUCUCGGACACCUGCUGGGCUGUCUCCUACCUGACCGAUGGAACCAACGACCGCAUUCACGUCGUGGUGGAGACGGGAAUAUUGCCACGGCUGGUGCAGCUCUUGUCCUGUCUGGAGUUGCACAUUCUGACUCCAGCUCUGCGUGCCGUCGGCAAUAUCGUCACCGGGACAGACGAGCAGACCCAGCUGGCCAUCGACGCGGGCUUGUUGACCAUCCUGCCCCAGCUCCUGCGCCACCCCAAGUCCUCCAUCCAGAAGGAGGCAGCGUGGGCGCUCAGCAACAUUGCAGCGGGGCCCUGCUCACAGAUCCAGCAGAUUAUCACCUGUGGGCUCCUGCAUCCCCUGGUGGAGCUUCUGGAGAAGGGAGACUUCAAAGCUCAGAAAGAGGCUAUUUGGGCAGUUGCCAACUUCACCACUGGAGGCACCGUGGAGCAGGUUGUCGAUCUGGUCCACGCUGGGACCCUCUUGCCCUUGCUCAACUUGUUGACCGUCAAAGAUGGGAAGACCGUCCAAGUGAUUCUGGAUAGCCUCUCCAACAUCUUCUUGUCUGCUGAGAAACUGGGUGAAACAGAGAAACUCAGCAUCCUUGUCGAAGAGCUUGGUGGCUUGGAGAAGAUCGAAGCGCUCCAGACUCACGAGAACAACGCUGUCUAUCAAUCGGCUUUAAACCUCAUAGAGAAGUAUUUUUCUGGCGACGACGAGAACCUUAAUCCUGACGUGAACGAAGAAACCAAGACGUUUGCUUUCUCAGCCGAGGAGCGGGACCACUACGACUUCUGAAGAGGGACCUGGACUUGUUUUGCAGCUGUCAGAGCUGCUGUGGGAAAGAGCACUUAGAUUGACUGUUGAAACACUAGAAGAGGAAGCUCACGAUUGGAAGGAUCUAAUUUAUAAUUCUGAUCAAUAAAUCACUGUUCUGGAUUUGUA